AACGACAAUAAUUUAUUCAUUGUCAAAUUUACAAAUGUAUAGUUUUCGGUUUUGUGAAUUAAUAUUUUUAAAAUUUAUUGCACUUGGUGACCAUUGGCUGCAGUUAGGCAUUGAAAUGUAAGCUAAAUUUAUCUUGACGAAUUUAUUGCCGCAUCGGAUAAGUGAGUUAAAUUUAAAUUGGGGAGACCAAAUGGUAGUACUCUUCUUAAAGAUUUCUUUGUUAGUAACAAACUAAAUUAAGCUAAAAUUAAGGUAUCAUUGUUGUCUCCAAAAAAAAACGUCAAAAUGACAUUAAAAAUUCUAGUUUACUUUGUACUGUAACUUAUAUUAAUAAAUUGUUAUCUUUAUUGCUAUUCAUUUAAAUAACAAGUGUACAAAAAGGAUCACCGCUAGUUCAGUUUAUUUUUCAAUUGAGACAUUGGGGGGCAGUUUGCCAACACAGUGAGAUUUCUUUGGAGGUAGCAACGACUGUGAAAUUUAGUUUUAUUAGUUGAAACAUGGUUGUGACUUCGAUAGCGCGUCGGCUUUUAUUUUUCAUCUUUUAUAAUGCAGUUUUGGCGACUGCUUUCCAUUGGGAUUACAAACAUGAAGACGAAUGGCCUGAUCAAUGUCAAAAGGGAAAACAGCAGUCUCCCAUUAAUUUGUCACGUCAAAUGGCCACCGAAACUCUCUUUCCAUCAUUUAUUUUUGAAUACUACGAUGAAAUAUACAGAGCGGAAAUCAAGAACAGUGGACAUACAGCUCAAAUUCAGCUUAAAGUAGCAGUAAAGCCGAAGGUGAGCGGGGGAGGAUUACUGUCUACUUAUGUAUUAGACAACAUGCAUUUUCACUGGAACUCAGAGCACACCAUAAAUGAAGAAAGAUUUCCUCUGGAACUACAUUUAGUCCAUUAUGAUUCUACUAAGAAAAGUUUAGCUGAAGCCUUAAAAGUAAAGGGAGGAGUUGCUGUUUUGGCUGUAUUUUUCUAUCUUUCCCCUGAUAGUGACAGCGAAUUCGACUCUUUAUUUGAUACCUUGGAUCAGCUAAAUAAAGUCAAGCUAAACGAAGUUAAACCUAUUGAAAGAUUAGAUUUAGGGGACUUUCUUCCAAGAGAUAGAGCUGGGUUUUAUCGAUACGAAGGAUCCUUAACCACACCGAAUUGUACAGAAGGAGUAAUUUGGACCGUUUUUACAAAUGGUUUGCCUAUUUCCAGUAAACAGCUGAAAAUCUUCUCCAAUUUGAAAACGGAAUCAGGCGGCAACAUUAUUAAAAAUUAUAGAACAUUACAAGAGCUCAAUGACAGAAAAGUUCAAAUUAAAAUAAGUCCUAUUGAAUCCUCAACUGCAUCUCAUGUUGCUAUUCCUAGUGUUUUAUUAUUAUAUGUUGGAUUUUUUAUUGUAGGUGAUAAGCUCUGACAAGAUUUUUUACUAACCAUAAGCUGAAUAUUAUUUAUUAUUACAAGUGUACCUGUUUGAAUCUAAAUACAUUGGUGUCUAAUGUU